UUAACACCACAGCUAACCAGAGCGACAAAAUGGCGACCAGUCUGAUGUUUAUUAUUGGACUUUUAAUGGAUUUAACUUCAGUCAUUGAGGGUGUAUUAGUAUAUGCAUGUUAUAAACCACCGGGAUCCGUAUGUUCCAAUCAUAAUCUAACAUGUAGUAACGGAGAUCUCAUAGGCAUCUUCCACCUGUACUACGCUACUAAACCAUCUAACAUCACCUGCCCAUUAAUACAAGAUGAAGAUGAUUGUAAAACCAGUGUUUGCUGUACGCGUGGAAGUGGUGAUACGACAGUGGGUUUCAAUCAACAGGAAAGAUUAACAGUUUAUAAGAAGUGUUCUUAUAAAGAAUCAUGUAGCUUGAAUUAUCCUUACAAUCCAACUACCGGUUAUGAUUACAUAUGGUAUCAUUAUGGCUGUUUCUCGGGGUACUCGGAUAAUUACAUCAUAAAUACCACUACCUUCACAACAACUGGUUCCAGGUAUCUGAUUUUCUCAGGCAAAUCAACUCCAACACGUGAUUUAACAUGUUCAUGUAAUAUAACCGGUAGAUUACAUUUUGCCACUGAAUACAUCUUCCUGACUGCUGAAUCAUGUAACAGUGUUACAAUUACAGUAGACAACCAAUCCUUAUAUUGGUGUACUGGUGAUGAUGUUGUCCUUUUACCCAGUAACAUUAAAUAUGACAAGAUUAGUAUACAAUUUAACAGAUAUACAUCUAACACUAAUGAUGUUAUUUGGUUGUAUUAUUACCACACUGCAUCUCAAUACCUGCUGGUGUCAGGCGAUUGUGGUAACCGAGUACUAGUUGACGGUGGAUGGAGUGCUUGGUCAAUCACUCCCUGCUCUGCUACAUGUGGCCAGGGAACUAGAAGACGGUUCCGAUAUUGUAAUAAUCCUGCUCCUGCUAAUAAUGGAAAGAACUGUAUCGGCGAUAUUAUGGACAGCGAGACAUGUGCUGCACAAUCUUGCUCUGCUUUGUAUGAAACAACUAGAGUUAACGGUGGUUGGGGUACCUGGUCAAACACUAGUUGUUCCGUUACAUGUGGCGUAGGAAUUAGAACACGGUUCAGACACUGUGAUAAUCCAUAUCCAGCUAAUGGUGGAACUGACUGUAAUGGUGAACUUUCUGAGGACACUGAUUGUAACCUAGAAGAAUGUCACGGGACCAGUCUGAAUAUUCUACCAUGGAUUUUAUUUGCUGUAUGCUUUUUGCUCGUCAUAGUAGGUAUUACAUGGGCUAUAAUAAGGCUUGUGCGAAGACGACGGGAAAAGAAAUCGCCGAAUCUUGUUUCUGAUCCACAAAAUACCAAUAACACCUCAUCAACAUCAGAUACUGUAUAUUAUGUUAAUGCCGCUACUAUUAAUUCGUUGAACCAGAGUGCAAAUAAUGAAAGUCACUAUGAUACUUUAUCACAAAGGGCUAACAUUGAGGAGGCUAAUUAUACUUCACUGACAUAACAAAAGGGUAAUAACAAAUCCAAAUCGAAAUUCAAUUUCAAUCUGAUCAUCGUAAAUUGAAUUCUGAAAACGUGAAAAAUGUAAAUGUAAUUGUUAUUAGGGACCUUUCGCAUCGUUACGAAAACGAAUACGAAAACGUCACCGAUUCGAGUCUACGUGUGAUUUCAACCCGUACACGAGUGUGGAGCUGGACUCGAGUAGGUAUGGAAACAAAAAUGUUUCUUGUCUCAUAUAUUGAAUUUUCCACAAUAUUUCGAGGCCUUGUGUAUAUUGUUGAUCGUGUAGAUUGUGUAGAACGUGCUCAAAUGCAAUAUUCUGCUUGAUUCGUUGUACAUCCGCCAAAAAUCGAUUGAAAACUUUGCCUGGACCGAUAGGUUCAUAGAGUGACAAUUUCAGUUCAAGUUGUAUAGGCUAAUACUUUUUUUUUUUUAAAAAAAUAUCGAAUAUAUCUAUUUCUAAAUAAUCAGUUUAUGAAAAAUAACUGGAAAUAGUUGGCAUUUAUUAGAUAAUGUCUUUCAUCAUCCGAAUAGAAAUAAGUCACAAUUCUUUUCCCUAUCGAUUCACAGAAUUUCAGGUGACUCAAACACAAUUGGUUUAUUUAAUUAAAAGGCUGUACUAUGUAAGCUUCUAGGCCUAAUUUUAAAGAUGAGAGCCCAAUUCUCUUAUUCAUUUUAACUGUUAUUGUACGUUAGAUUACGAAACAGUAUCUUAGAGGAUACGAAAACGUAACAAAUGUUCGUUUUCGUACCGAUGCGAAAGGUCCCUUAUAUUAUGAUCUAUGGUUAAGAUUCCAGUUUUAAAUUUUACACCUCAGUAGGCGUAUACCAAAUUGAUGGUAAUCUUUUAAGGAGCUUCAAAUGAGGUGGGGGCUAGAUUGUCAGUCUUAUCUCAACAGAGUAGAGAGACAUCUUUGUAAUAUUCUUUUAGAUUGUCAGUCUUAUCUCAACAGAGUAGAGACGGUAUCGCUGUAAUAUCAUUUUGUUUAUGAAUGUAAAUAAAUCUGACCUUUGGCGAGAAUUGAUUUUUACUUCAUAAUAAUGAGACCAGUCAGUCACCCAGCUUGCUACUUUUGCUGUAGAUAGGAGUAUUCAGAGGGCAAUGUUCCCGAGAAGAUGAUGUAAUACCAACCACUUCUACGACCCUCAUAUAUCCAUUGAUCUUUACAAAAUGUGGAUUUGAACAUUUACUUUCAUUUCUUCUGAACUUUUGAUAAACAUUAUAUGCUGUUCUCGAUGUUACAUUUUUAAAAUUUUGUAAUCUUUUCCAGUUUUAGAUAUUGAUAUUGAAGACAUCGGCUUUUUAUUCAUGAAUAACUGAAAUUUGUGUUUCUGAUAAAAAUUAAAACAUUUUCAGAUAUACCCGUUUAAUCGUUGUAAAAGUAACUUUAACACUAUGUACAUGUCUUGAAUAACAAAUAUAUUAUAAUUCAUAUUACGUUCCCGUUUUACGUUUGUAAUGACAACUUUACAUUUUAAAAUGAUUAAGAGCUAGAAUUAUAUAUUUUAUUUUUGCUACAAAGUAGUCAGUAUAUUUUACAAUGAUUAAGAGCUAUAAAUAUAUAUUUUAAUUUUGCUAAUAUAUCAGUAUAUUUUACAAUGAUUACGAGUUAUACCAUUAAAGUUUAUGUUUGUUAUUUUAUGUUUAUUAAUAUUCUAGUACAUUUUUCUAUGAUUUAUGAUAAUUGAAUAGUUAUAAUAUAAUUUAUGACUAUAUAUUUUAUGUUUGUUAAUACCAGUAUGUUUUUGUAUGAUUUAUGUUUGUUUCUUUUAUACUAGUAUAUUAUUGUAUGAUUUAUGGUAGUGCUUAUAAACAAUAGGUUUGUCGUUAAAUUAAUUAUAUUUCUCUUUAGUUCUCACUUCAUCAUACCACGGUAAGUUAAUAAGAACGACAAUAACCCUAUGAAAUAAUACAAAAAAUAAUGUAGUAAAUGAU